AUGCCAAUCGGAAACGGCUCGUCCGACCAAGGCGCAACAGGCGCCGCCAAAUGGGUCACUUCUACACUCGGAAACACCGUUGGCGGCGUCACACGCACUGUGGGCGGCGUGACGGGCGCUGCGACUCGCGGUAUUGGCGAGACUAUCAAUAGCGCGACGGGCAGUGCGGGCAAGCCUCUUGGUGAUGCAUUGAGUUCUGGGGGCAACGGGCUUGAGGAUGGGGCGAAGAGUGUGGCGAAGGGAGUGGAGGAUGCUGGGCAGUGGAAAUAG